AUGAUUGGUGGGAAAUCUGAGUGCUUAUGCUAUGUAUGUUCCCAGGCUGUUCUAACCCACUGUGGCUUAUUCCAGAGGGAGUGUCUCUCCAUUCACAUUGGCCAAGCGGGUGUCCAGAUCGGGGAUGCCUGCUGGGAACUGUACUGCCUGGAACAUGGAAUCCGGCCAGAUGGCCUCAUUCUGGAUGGUCACCAUGAUCAUUUGGAAAAUGCUAAAACGGAACAUGGGAACACAUCUUCAGACACCUUCUUUCACGAGACAAGAGCCGGAAAGCAUGUGCCCAGAGCUCUGUUCAUGGACCUAGAACCAACUGUUAUAGAUGGGAUCCGUGUGGGGAAACAUCACUCACUCUUCCAUCCAGAGCAGCUUGUGAACGGGAAGGAAGAUGCUGCAAACAACUACGCACGAGGUCGCUACUCCACGGGCUCAGAGGCCAUCGAGCUUGUUCUAGAGAGGAUCCGAAAGCUGGCCGAGCAGUGCAGUGGACUUCAGGGAUUUUUGGUGUUCCGAAGCUUUGGAGGAGGCACAGGGUCGGGAUUUACAUCUCUCUUGGUGGAACGGCUCUCGGUAGAGUACGGCAAGAAGACAAAAUUGGAGUUCUCUGUCUACCCGUCUCCUAGGAUCUCCACUGCUGUAGUAGAACCGUACAACGCCGUCCUCACCACCCAUUCCACCAUGGAGCACGCAGACUGUACCUUCAUGGUGGACAAUGAGGCUGUGUACGACAUCUGCCAUCACAAACUUGGUGUUGACCGUCCUUCCUAUGCUAGUAUCAAUAGGUUGAUAGCCCAGGUGUUAUCUUCCAUUACUGCUUCGCUGCGUUUUGAAGGACCCUUGAAUGUGGACUUAAUUGAAUUCCAGACCAACCUAGUACCUUAUCCACGAAUACAUUUCCCCAUCACAACCUUUGCCCCCAUCAUCCCUGCUGACAAAGCUUACCAGGAGCAGCUCUCUGUGCCUGACAUCACUGCCUCUUGCUUUGAGUUCUCCAACCAGUUGGUCAAGUGUGAUCCUCGGCUUGGCAAGUACAUUGCUUGCUGCCUACUCUACAGAGGAGAUGUGGUCCCUAAGGAUGUGAAUGACGCAAUUGCAGCCAUGAAGUCGAGGACCUCUGUUCAGUUUGUUGACUGGUGUCCGACUGGUUUCAAGGUGGGCAUCAAUUAUCAGCCACCUACGGUGAUGCCAGGAGGGGACCUAGCCAGGGUCCAGCGGGCUGUGUGUAUGUUGAGCAACGCCACGGCAAUUGUGGAAGCCUGGGCCCGCCUGGACCACAAGUUUGACCUUAUGUUUGCCAAGAAGGCAUUUCUGCACUGGUACAUCACAGAAGGCAUGGAGAUAGGGGAGUUUAUAGAGGCCAGGGAAGACCUAGCUGCUCUGGAAAAAGAUUACGAGGAAGUGGGUCUGAGUUGCUGAUGUAAAGAUGACCAUGCAAAUGAAUGCUGAGCUAAAAUGGCAUGC